CUCCCCACACAGCUCACCUCACCUUACCAAGUCGAAACCCAAUCUAAUUGUCGCGUCAAAAUCACGACCCAACUAAAGCGCGUGAAACAAAAACCAUCCCGGUGAUAUCCACCUCGUCGCUCUCACACUGAAAAAUCAUCGAAAAAACGCUACAAUCUCAAAACGGAAAUCGGAGAAGAAAAAAAAAAGCGCGAUGAGCAACCAUCCACGGUUGCAGAACGUGCGUUCCACAGCACAACUUUUCAGAGAAUCAACCUCUUCUUUUACCUCAAACCCCUUCACAUUUUUCUUCCUUACUAUCUUAAUCUUUUCUUUUCGCACCAUCGUUGAAAACGGAACCUCACGUUUCAUCACCUUCGUUGACCGUGAUCCAUCCGUUAAGUCUCUUCUCUCACGUCUGGACAUCUCGGGUAACGCUAAUCAUCACCACCGUCAACGUUCCUCUCAAUAUCAUCCUUCUCCCGCCGCCUUACGUCGUCGCCGACCUUUUUUACAUCUCACUCGUGUCGGAACCCUAGAUGAUGAUUUUUUCUCCGGCGACGAUGACGACGGUAGAACUCUCUUUGGCUCUAAUUCCAAAGCUCCCGUCAACGGUAGCUUCGUCGCAUUUGGACCAUUCGCGACCGAUUCAGGUUUCUCGGAUCUCGUUGCUGACAACGGAGUUAGGGUUUUGGAAGUUGUUCGUUCGGGAAUCACGUUGAAAGCGGAAGAUUCGUCAAUUGAUGAAGAAAAAGACGAUGAUGAAGUUGGCGGUGAUGAUGUUGAUGAUGAGAAAGAGGAACGGAAGAAGGAGAAAAGCGAAUUGGGGAACGGGAAUGAGGAGAUUGUGAGAAGUGUUGAUUUGCAAUUAUUUGUGAAGGGAUUGGAAAUUGGCCGUCGUGAUACGGCGGCGUUCUUUUUUCUUUUGGGUUCAUUGUCUGUGGCUUAUGGUUGGGUGAUUAUGGUUUUUCUUGUUACGUAUUCAUGUGUAUUAGGUGUUGUUAUUGUUACCGUUGUUAAUGAUUUUAUAGGAAGGUUUAGUUUUAUUACUGGUGUUGUUUGGGAUGGUUCUAGAUUGGGUUUGAAGAGGAUUUCUGCGGUUGUUUUGAUAAGGUGGGCUGUGAGAGAUGCAGUGACUCAGAUUAUUGGAAUAUGGUAUUUUGCUGAAAUUGAAGAUCAGUUUUCGUUUUUCAAGCUGUUUGUUAGGUUAAAAUUGAUGCCUUUUUCAGUUAUGUCGCCUUGGGUUAGGGGUUUUGAGAAGGAGAUUUCUGGGUUUUUGUUCACUUGGUUUCUUAUUGAUACAUUUGUGACUUUUAUAUUCUCUGUGGAUUUCUGGGUUGCUUUGGAGGAUUUUAGGAGGGGUAGUAAGGAGAUUGUGAAGGAAGGUUGUUAUUUGUUGUCUUCCAUGUUGAGUAUGGCUAUUCAGGUUAAAUGUUUGGAAGCAAUUCUUUGUGGAUCGUUUGCGAGGUGGGUUUUGGCGCGGGUUUGCGGGAGGGAUUUUGCAAAGAUUUUUCAGUCUACCAUGGAGGUUUACUUCAUGGUUACUUGGCUUGUGUUUUACUUUGCCGCUAAGUGUAGGGAUGCGAAUCAACAAGGUAGGAGGUUUGGGCAGAGGGAAAUGGAGGGCUUAAUUGAUGGGCACAGAUGAUAAAUGGCGGUGGCUGGAUUGACGGUUUUAUCAUGAUGGUUUUUGAUUGCUAAUGCACAUGUAGCUGCAAUGUUUUACAGGUUUAUGUCGCCUACUUUGCAGUCACUGUUGGCCAUUGCCACCAUUCUGUAGUUUUGUCAUGCCAUUAGAUGUGUUGAAUGUAGUUCGCCUCAAGGCCAACACACAUCUUUGUGUAUAUUCUGAAUGAGGAUCCUUCAUAUGUAUAUUAUUCGUGGAAUCAUUUAAUUAGGUUACACAAUGUGUUGGUGAAUGGUGAUAAUAGUCUGUAGUCACAAGUUACAAGGUUUGAGAAAUGAAGAAUGGUGAUGAUUUUUCUCCAUGCAACAUGGAGUUAUAUGUUCUGAUAUGAUAGAGUAUCCAUAUAGCAUUUUUGUUUAUUUGGUGUUAUAUUCUAUUUUUUAUGUACAAUUAGUGGUAUAUGAAUUGGACCUCAUCUACAAGAACAAGGAAAAGCACAUGAAUCUGCAAGAA